GCUGUCUUGGUUUUCGGUGUGUAUCGAUGACCAUUAUGUUCCCAUCAAGAUUAAAAGGACAAGGCAGAGAACUUGUUUUGAGUCCUCUUACUUUGCACAGAGUCAAAGAGUCCACCACCUCCAACUCUGUUCAAAGGUUGUAGCAUCGUUAUAAUAUAAGUUGAAAGUGCAAAUUGUGUUUUCGUUAACUAUGAAAAUUAAACGUAGGUCCUGACGAGUGAAAUGGGCGAGGUUUCUCCCACACUUUGGUUCAAAACUGAGGGCAUACACGAAAACCUAUAUCGUAUAACAGAACAAUACUUCUUCGAAGGAAACCGGUGCAAUAUUUGGCUUGUCAAAGGCCCAGAAAGAGAUGUCAUUAUCGACUCAGGACUGGGAGUGUGUGACCUUAAGCAACACCUCGAGAGCCUUCAUCUCAUUGAUCCUCCACCAGGUGGCACCAGAGACUGCACACUUAUCUGCACACAUAACCAUUUCGAUCACAGCGGAGGAGCGCGCCAUUUUGACAAUGUGCUCAUACACCAAAAUGACCUUGAUGGCCUACGCCAAGGUCGUCAAACUGAGACCCUUAAUUACGUCAAAACAGCUCACUUUUAUCGGACUCCAUACCCUGGUUUUUCUGCUUGCAAAUACGCUGUUCCCCCAACUGAAUGUAAAAGUGUUCAGCAUGGCGACCGCAUUGAACUAGGUCAAGGUGAUUACCUAGAGGUAAUUCAUGUUCCGGGGCACACCAAGGGAAGCAUCAUGAUAUUUUAUCCAAUGAGAGGCGAGCUUUUCAGCGGAGAUUUUGUGUACGACUGUGGCCCUGGGAGCGGUCUGUUUGACUGGUUGCCCACGUCGUGUGUCACGGAUUAUGUGCAGAGUGCCAGGGACACGAUCGACUGGUUAAUGAAUACUUCCUUAAAGGGCAUUUAUCCUGGGCACUUUCGCCCUUUCAAGCCACAGAGAAUGAGGACUAUAUUGCAGGAGUAUGUAGAAGCUAAAGAUCAACUGGGGUCGAAAUGUUGUGCCUCAUGUUUACAAGCCACUACAUGGGCUUUCUUUCUACUGGGCUGCUUUAGAUGCUGUCCUUGCGGCUAACAUUGACCUUGAAUUAGAUCGGUAACUGGCUUGGUAGUCCUAUCAUCAGGGAUGUGGAUGAGCCAGGCAUAAUUUAUGCACACAUCGUGGUUGGACUGUCCCUGGGCGUGGAUGACUCUUUUUUUGCAUAAAGCCUUUUCUCAUAGAUAUUAUUUUAUUCUGUUAUUAUUAAAGUUAUUUGCAAUAACUAAACUUAAAAGACCUAGGCAUUGACAUAGAUAAUCAUCAGGGUCCCCUACAAUUUGGGGAAGUGGGGGAUGCGCAGUGGCUGCCCAUCAGCACCAACUGGUUAAGUUUCUACGCCAGCAAGGAGAGA